UUUACUAUUGUAAACAAUUCGAACUGUAAAAAGCUAAGAAAAGUUUAACUUGGUUAUUACAUGAUGAGUAGUACAACCACAAGAGUUAAACCUCAAUGUGUUUUACCUUAAUCUUUCUCCCUAAACAUGUUCACACAAAUGAUAUGUAGUAGUUUCUCCUCUGUUUUUUCCUAGGAAGCCUGCUUUGGGGACGUUUGGGUGCAAAAGAUGAUGCCUCCCUCAGAAGAUAAGGAGGCAUCCAACGGCCGAUGACAUUCAGUACUAGGCCUUCAGCUACUUCCUUUGGAGGGAUGUCAGGCCAAAACUCAAGUCGCUGACGCUCUGUAGCAAUCCUGGGUAGCAAGUUAGCAGAAAAUUUGUCACCCAUGGUGACCGAGCAGAAUGUCACACUCCUCAACUUUUGCAAGUCAUGAAUGCAACGAAAAACAAGCCCCCUGGUCAAGGAGUCGGGUAUCUUGGUCUCGCCUGUGAUCAUCUCAAACACAAAUGGAUGAUUACCUUCUAUCUGUAGGUAAUCAAUUCCUUCAGUUAUCGCAAAGUCAACUGCCCGGGAGAAAGCAGUUAAAUGUGCCACUACACCGUCGCUGACCUUGCCAGAAAGUCCAGCAAUGGCAGCUUUGAACACAGCAUUGUGAUCUCUCACAAAUUCACAAUGCAAGCAAAAGAACCGGUCCCUGAUUCUGGCUCAUGGUGACCAGCGAAGCUGAUCUUCCAUGCAUUAUUGGGGGGGGGUGGAGUCCAUGAAAUGUGCUGGGCAAUCACUAUCUGAUUAGCAAAUAGCAUAUCUAGGAGAGGGCUUGCAGCCAUAUUUGUUUUUUUACCGAAUGAGGCUACAGCUUAGCAACUAACACACAAUGGUUCCUAACUCGAACACAGAGACCCGAAUUUAUACCAUGAGUUUACCUAAUCUCCUCAUCCAAAACAGGUUACAUGCCAUUUCAGGUUAUAUGUUAUAAGAAAGGUAAAAAUCAUACUAUGGAAAGGGGCCGUUGAGUAUGGUCAAUUGCUUUCCAAAUGCGAGAAAUCUACCAAGUCUAGAUAUGCUAGAAACGGCAAGAGUCCGUUGCCAAUGGUGUCAUAAUUUUAUAACAUUUAGAGCGAAAAAAUAAUUGACAUUCUGAAUAAUGAACAUGACUAGAUUUUCUUUUAAAACUUGAGAACAAUUCAAAACUCACUUGUCGUAGAUGGCAAGGGGAUGUUGGCAACGCUCAUAUAACUUAUUGUCCAAGUUUAGUGGCUGUGUUUAAAUUUGAACUCUAAAACAUAAUUGAACAAACCAAGUAGGUAACUUCUUCCCAAAUUGCCGUAAGGAGGAAGGGUUAGGUUACAAAUAGCAGAAUAUUGUUGCCAAAUGGUAACAGGACUGCCAAAUUAUAACAGGUUGACAUCGAAUGCUUAAUUCAAAAGCUAUCAACAAGAAUAAUUUCAAGAGCUACGGACUCACAGCCAACUAAGUGUGAUUAGUAAAGGAAAUAACUUCUUCUUUAGCAAAUCAAGUUAUGGGGGUUUAUGUGGAACUUAAUUUUAUGUGUUCUUGAUAUUCAUAUGGCCUUCUAGUGUUCUUAGCUAGAACCGAAAGUCAGUACCUACUAUGUGUCUGCAAUGAAAUAUACGAGAGUAAGACAUGCCAGAAAAUAAGAUGGGCAUCUUGUCCUUGACGACAAGUGAAAAUUGUAUGCAGUUCUUUUGUUCCCAACUUCAGUAUGGUGUGUGUUUGUGGCCUUUCAGCCUCUGUGCCUUCGUGGUUACAUUGGCAAACAAAAACUCCUAGGUAUCAGGUUCAGUGACGAGCACGAACCAAGAGUUCAGCAGUUAUGAAGUUUAACUAAUAUCUCUUCUAGCUGAGAAUGCUUAGAGCAAGAUUCAUGUUUUUCAAGUUAAGGGUUCUUAAGGCGUUCCAUGACGAUGCAAAAGAAAAAAAUGCUAAACAUCUUGGGAUAGUAAGAGAUGAGCUAACCGAAACAAGAUUAAAAGUUCGAAAACUACAUAUCGAAGGACCCAUAACUUGCGGAGAAAUGCAGGACCUAAUACAGAGAGUGAGAGGGAAUGAAGUGUGCGGCUCUUUUGAGUGAGAAACAAGCAAAAUAAAGUUCAGAAAAAUCUCCAAUGUUCAUAUUUCUCCAAUGCCAAGCAAGCAUAUAUUCAAAGGAAGCUACAAAAAGUGAGAAAAUUUACUUGUACACCUCUCCAAAAACUGACACACUCUUUAGUAAUACAAACUAGUGAAGAGGAAUCUCCUUUAAUUAGUUUCCCUUUAUUUCCUGCCUAUAUGUAUAUAUUCCAAGUGUGUUCUUGGGAGAUGAUUAAAUUAAGCAGAAAUUUCAGUUCGGUUUUUUUGAGUGUUUUGGAUUUCAAGAUGUAUCGCUUGAGAUUGAGCAUCAUACCAAUUUUCUACAUCUCCAUUACAAUCACUACUUUCUCCAUUCUAUGUGUGCAGAUGCAAGAAGUUUUGCGCAAUUCUUUAAACCCCAAGACACAAAACUACACAAAAGCAAAUCAAUCCAUGAAUUAGAGAAGAACAAGCUGAAAGCAAUAAAUCACUUGGACUUACAUUUUGCGUUGGCUUCCCCAAAUAUUGAAUUCCAACCGUUCGAUGCCAGCUCUCCCUUCUCAUCGCCACCGUUGGAUUCACCAGCACCAGGACAUCUCCCUCUUCCGGCUCCAAACUCCGUAUCCCCACCAAUUCCUCCAAACCCAUCUCUUGCAAAUCCUCCUCCAUCUGGGCCCAUUUCCUCACCCAUCCCAAACCCACCACAAAAUGGGCCUAGCCCACACCCACCAACCACAAUCCCAAUCCCACCCAAAUCAGUCCUGAGCCCACCAGUCCUUCCGCCGCCAAUAGCUUUCCCUCCACCGUCCGGACCGCCAUCUCCUCCGCAGAAAAAGCCACCGCAGUUUGCCGUGUGGUGCGUGGUGAAGCCGACAGUGCCGGACCCGAUAAUCCAAGAAGCCCUGGACUAUGCGUGUGGGUCCGGGGCAGACUGCAAGUCAAUCCGUCCCAAUGGGUCCUGCUACCAGCCCAACACAUUGUUGUCGCAUGCUUCGUAUGCCUUCAAUAGUUACUGGCAGAACACGAAGAUCGCUGGAGGCACUUGUGACUUUGGAGGGACUGCCAUGCUUGUCACAGUUGAUCCAAGUUAUGAUGAAUGCAAUUUCUUCUUCAACGGAUGAUCUUGAAACAUAUAAUAAUUUAAAUAAAGAGUCUAACCAUCAAUCGCUACAUCAUGUAAGUUACAAAAUGAUAGUUUAAAAUUAUGGUCUCUCUAGCACCAAGUUCUGUUAACUUAAAAUUUUAUUUAUUUUUCAGAAGAGAUCUACACACUAUGUGUACAUCACAUUUCAUUUAGGAGGAGUUCCAUAUUUGUGAGUGCAAAUGGAACUUUGGCUGUAGAAGUAGUGGCACUUGAAAGUGAAGUUGUAUUGAUCUUCUUGUCUUCCAGUGUCCAUUUUAUGUACAUGGAAUAUACCUGUCGGCUAGCUGUUCCAUAUUCCCUUUGAGAUUUCAGAUUGUCCAAAAACUGCAUACACACAUAUUUCUUUGAUUUAGCAGGAUUAAAAAGAAGGGUGCUUUUAUUUCA